AACAGAUUCAGAAACCAUAAAAAAAACUUAGUUACCAGCGACUAUACCAUCCAGAUAAAAAACAAAACUUAUUUCAAGUCGUAGGGCAACGAGAACUCAUAAAACUGGCGGCACCGAAAACGAAGACGGCGGGAGCGAGUGGGAAACGAAAGAAUCCCGUCACACGCAAAAAGAACAAUGCAACCGAUGGAUCAUCUGGGAGGGAUAACAGCGGUAGAGGAGGAAGGGGAGUAACGGCUGAUCCUACCCGUCAUUUUGUACCCGUGCGCCGUAAACCGUUGGGGGAGUACCUACAAGAAUACAUUAAACUAGAGUCGCCGGUUAACCUCCACUCGUCGUUGCCUUCGCCAGUGUCCAACUCAUCCUCCUCUGCUUUGAGUAUGAGUUAUGCCGCGGCCGUCGAAACUAGCGCUCCUCUUCCGUCCGAGUACAACGUGAAGGUGACGAUAACACCGCGUGUGAAGAAAUCUCCAAAGUCAAGUCAAGCCCAGUCUAAGACUAAGGUCCAAAGUCAGAGGAUUAAGCCGAUGGACACUAGAUUUAGCAUAUUCGAUGUGGAGCAACCAAAACCCCACAUAAUCCUGGUGGAUCCCAAACAAUUUCGCCCAGAUCAAACAAUGAAACUGGUGACAAAAAAGGGUCGCAAGCCCAAAAAGAGCAAGCCAAACAACCAGAAGAAGGGUAGGACAAGUCAGCUGGCAGCAGGUGCUUCAACCCAUCCGCCUGGUAAACUAACUCAUAAGUGCAUACAAAUAAAUGAGACUCCAAAGGAAUCCCCGACAGUAAAGAAGAAAAGAUUAUCGGCUUCUAUUGUUGUCUCUGCACCUGAAAUACAACUUUCCGAGCAGCCGAACAAUGCCUCGCAUUGCAUUUUUCCAGAUGACAUAAGUUAUUUAGGCCAUCAUCAGCAACGCUUACAGCUCAUCUUGGAACGACAAAUUGGUAGCGGCAGCUCCAUAUCCAGCCCCCAAAUAGGGUCCAGGGCACUUCAACCCUCCAGGGACAAACCUCGUCCGAUGGAAUUGGUACACCUCGAUAUGAACAAAUUUAGGCGCUUGCAACUGGAGUCUGCUGCCCUUUUGGCACAGAAUCGCUCAAUGCUAUGUCGAUGGAUGCAUUCCGAUCAACUAAUUUCUUAGAACUCAAUUUCAGCCUCGAUAAAUCAAUCAAAAAUUAACGAAAUAUUCUCAGUUUUAAAUGUUACAAGUAAUUCUAUGUUUCCAAAUUUUGAGAUGAAAACGGUCAGAACUGCCAAACUCAUAGAUAGUAAAGCGUAUGUAUUAUGCGAAUUGUAUUUAUUUUGGCUUGCCAUUUUUAAAAUGAUAAUAUUAAGCCGAAUCAGUGCUUGAAAAUAAUGCUACUGUAAAUGAAAAUUAUAUAUAGUGAUAAAAUCCCAUGCGAGAUUUUCAAAAUGGGAUUACAAUUAAAGUCAUUGGUCGUUCCAUGAAAAUGAGCCACAUUUGAGUCAGCCACACUAAACCGAUAUUAUAUUAAAACACUAAAUACAUCAUUUAAAAUCCUCUAUUAAAGCAAAUUGUCAGUUUGAGUUCA